GGAUCAGUCGGCUUGUGGAAGCUGCUGGGCGUUCGGGACAGUUGAGGCAUUCAAUGCCCGAGUCUGCAUCAAAUCGGGCGGGAAGCUCAACCAACUCCUAUCCGCCGCGAAUAUGCUCGCUUGCUGCAAUAUCGGGCACUUUUGCUUAUCUUUCGGUUGUAGUGGCGGCAAUCCUAUCACAUCGUGGACUUUUCUUCACACAAAUGGUAUCGUCUCAGGUGGAGGAUUCGUUCCCGAGAAAAAUAUGAAAGCAGCCGAUGGCUGUUGGCCGUACAGCUUCCCAAAAUGUGCUCAUCACCAAGAUGGAUCCGACUACAAACCUUGUGCGAAAGAAAUAUACGACACACCUUCGUGCUCAAGCAGCUGCCCCAAUGCUAAGUAUGGGACUGCUUUCGACAAGGAUCGUCACUACACUGAAAGUCUUUUCCCGAGUCGGUUCGGGAGCACAAGCAGCAUCAAGAAGGAGAUCAUGACGAAUGGGCCAACUUCAGCUGCAUUCUCUGUGUAUGAAGACUUCUUGUCCUACAAGUCAGGCGUCUACAAGCAUACAAGUGGCGGAUUCCUUGGGGGCCAUGCUGUUGAGAUCAUCGGCUGGGGUACCGAGAAGGGCGUUGAUUACUGGCUGGUUAUGAACUCCUGGAAUGAAGAGUGGGGUGACCAUGGCACCUUCAAGAUAGUCCAAGGGGACUGUGGUAUAGACGAUACGAUCCUUGCGGGGACUCCAGCCAUGAAUUAA